AUGCCUCGUCGAGCUGCGUCGUCGUCGGCUUCCGGCGCCGCUAGCACCGCCCCCACAGCACGCGAUCUCGCCGCGCAGAUACUGGCGCAAUCUCCGUCGAAAGAGUCGCUGGACGCAGUUGCGGUGCUCUACGAAGAGUUCCUGGGAGACGCCAGCAAUGACGCAAACAAUCUGAGCUGCCUCCAAGAGCUGGACGCGCUGCGCUUCCUUGAGGACGUGCUAUGGCCGCUGGUUGACGUGGUGGCGUCCGCGCGCGACUGCCGGCACCACGUGAAGAAAGCCUGGACGGUGUCCGUGCUGCUGCUCGUGGGCUUCCGCGCGCGCGGAGGUGAUGUAGGCAGCUCCUCGGGUACUACUGGUGCGUGGAGCUUCUUGAUGGCGGAGGACGAUGGGUCCUGGAAGACGUUCAUGACCACGUUGUGGACGCUGCUGGACGAGGAGGACGACGACGCCAAGUGGACGCUCAAGGAGCAGACGGCGCUCACGCAGGUCCUCAUCGCGUGCUUCCAGAGCCUCGACGUGCAGCAGGUGGCGUCCUCCGUGCUGCAGCUGACGUCGCUUCCGCUCUGGUCGGCGCUGUCGCCCGCCCAGAGAGCGCUCGAGUUCCAGACGUACCCCAAGCUGGAGCGACACUGGAACCGCAUCAUGUCGGAGAAUUCCACCAAGGUGGAGGAGAAGGAAACGCCCAAGAAGAACAAACGACGCAAACUGGAGGCGACGGUAGAGACGGAGACUCCGCGACUCGAGCAGACGGCGUUUGUGCGUCGCCUUGACGCGUUCUUUCAGGUUGUGAAGGCGCCGGUGGAUGACAGCAUAUCCAAGUACGAGAUCACGCUCCGGUUACGCUUCGUGGCUCUGUUCCUGGCGUUGUUGAUCGACCUCUUGAGCCAGCUGCCUACGCGCCGCUUCCUGUUGGUCGUCUUGCGGCGGAGGCAUGUGCGAACGGUGCUUCGAGGCAGCGCCUUAGUCCAGCACGCGUCGCAGUGGCAAAGUGCUCACGAGAGGCAAGCUUUGGAGAAGCAGCUGGCACUUCUGGAUGCAUGCAUGAUUUUCCCGAUUGAUGCACACACGGGCACGUCGCUGUCUGCACGAGAGUACCGCGAGCACCAAGCGCGCCACAUUCAAGCGCUGCAGCAGUGCGCAUUCCAGUCGUUCAGGAACACGCGCGUGGAGGAACUGGCCAUUGCACCGUGCAGUCACAUCGCUGACGCGUCCAGUUUUACCGAAAUGCUGAACGGUAUCGUGACUGCUGAUCGCUCGCGUCUUUCGUCGUUUGCUAUCGCUGUUGGCGUUCUCGCCGACCAGGCUGAAGCCGAAGCGACUUCUGACACCGAAUUGGUGGAGUUUUUCAAAGAGGAGUACUCAGUUGGAGCUAGCAGUGGUGCGCUCUCGUCGAGCGCGCCGGUGUUUCCUACAGAACUGGACAUUUGGAACGAAAUGCUCGACCGAAAGGAGGCAGCGCAGACGCCGGAGCAAGGAGAUGAUGUCACAGGAGAAAUCUACGGCGCGAAGGAUACUAUCCUCUUCCCGGUUCUGCCUCUGCGCAAGUUGGGUCUGCAGUUCUUGAAUCUGGACGAUUAUCUGCAACGAAACUAUGAACUUCUCCGUUUGGAAGCGGCUCAGGAUAUUCGCGCGGACCUUGAGGUUGCCAUCAAGCAGCUUGACGGCGUGCGCGCGCUACGGACAACAAGUGACAAUGAUACAAUUUUCAGGGGGUUCUCUCGAGCUGCUGUGCCGGUUGCGAGUGCGCUUCAGAUUGUCAAGGUGGGCAAGCCGGCGCUCGGCCAAACUGCCCCAGCUUCAGUCAUUGCACAUGUCGAAGCGGAGCUCUCGGGCCGGCAUGAUCGCAAGCACUUUGACUGCUACCAGACUAAAGAGGUGGUGUUUCUCGUAACAGUCAGAGCCACUGCUGACGAAGGCGCCGAGAUGAUGGGCUUUACGAAGCAAGCGCGGGAUACUGGAUCAUUCCCUGAAAACUUUGGUGUGCAGUAUGUGCGUGCAGCAGAGGUCAUCGAGGUUUUCGAUGCUGCCGGAAACGCUAUCAAUGACGAAAAUCCUGUGGGGAAAGGAAGUAAGCGUCUGUUCAAGCUAGCGCUGGAUGGCGUGCAGUACAAAAAGGACUUGGAAGCUGGCCAGCUCGAGGCGUACGAGCAGGUAAACGUGGUUGUACGACGGAAGCCGCGUGAGAACAACUUCAAGGCUAUCCUGGAUACGGUAACUGGAGCAUGGCAUGACGCCAACAAGGAAGAACUGCUACCUGCGUGGCUGCACGAUCUCUUCUUGGGCUAUGGCGACCCGGCGGCGGCACUGUACAAGUCAAUUUACAAGGCCAGAGCUGAGAAACAGAUUGUUGUACCGAUGGGUCAACUGUUGCUGGAUGGUGAACAUGCAGUGGAAGCCGGCGGGGCUGAGAAGCUUGUGAAUGCUGACGAUGAAGCGCAGGUGUUAGACGCGAAGGAUGCAGUGGCUCCGUUUACCUAUGUGGAGGGCAUUCGUGAUGGUUCCAGCUAUAUCCGAGCGAUUCUCAAGGAAGGAUCUGCUGCAUCUCCGGAAGGGGCUUCUCCUAUCCGAUUCACGAAGGCCCAGGUGGCAGCCGUGCGAAGUGGUGUCUGUGAAGGCCUCACACUAGUCGUGGGUCCACCGGGUACCGGCAAGACGGAUGUGGCCGUGCAGCUCGUAUUGAACUUGUACCGCACGACGCCAGCUCGCGAGAAAAUCUUGAUUGUUGCUCACUCGAACCAAGCUCUAAAUGACUUCUUCGCGAAGAUUCUGGCCCAAAAUGUCAUUCAUGAGGCGGAGAUUGUGCGAAUGGGGCAGCCACAGCUUGUGAACGAUGGCGGUGCAGAAAGUCAAGCACCUUUCCAAGGAGACUUCAGUCGCAAUGGUCGUGUUGCGUUUUUGUUGGAGCGAAGAGCAGCCUUGCUUGCCGAGGUGGAGCAGAUGGCCCAGUGGCUUAUCAAGCGCGACGCUGCGCUUUACGCCGGACUUGCUGGUGGCUCGGCGUCGUAUUCGUGCGAGAACGCGCUUAUCUUUUACCAGUUCCACAUGAAGGCGUUCCUUGAAGCAGCCCGCAACGCGACGGAGUUGCCGUCGAAGGAUGACCAUGUCGCAGCGCUUUCGGAGUUUUUCGCGUUGCGAAAAGGGUCGGCACCUGGCAAGAUCGAUGCGCUCCGCCAAUUUGCAUUCGACAUCGAGUCGUACUUCUCAGAGCUGCGGCGCCUCCAGCCCUUUGAGUUGCUUCAAACCCCACGCCAGCGUGGCGAUAUGUAUCUGAUUCACCACGCUCGCAUUGUUGCCAUGACGUGUACUCAUGCAGCGUUGAACCACACGAGGCUCACAGAACUUGGACUGACCUUCGGAAGCCUCAUCAUGGAGGAGGCAGCGCAGGUGAGCGAGCUGGACAGUCUGGUGCCGCUCCUUUUGGCGUGCUCCAAGAAAUCCGGACCGACAGCGACUGAAAGUAAAUCGUCGUCGGGUCUCAAGCGUGUCGUGCUCAUGGGGGAUGCGAAGCAGCUACCGCCGGUGGUUAAGUCUCUCGCGCUUAAGAAUUACGCCCAUUUCGACCAGAGCUUGUUCACGCGUCUGCUGCGCCUCGGUGUGCCGCACCUUGUCCUCGACCGUCAAGGCCGCAGUCGCCCUGAGUUAGCGGACAUUUAUCGGUGGCGCUACGAUGAUAUCCCCUCGACUGGAGACAAGCAGACGUUGGGCGACUUGCCUCGCGUGGAGUCGAAAGCUGAAUACCAGACUGGAAAUGUCGGAUUUGCGCACGUGGCGCAGUUUGUGGAUCUCUCCGGGACGUCUAAGGAGCGCCAGCCAAAGCCCUUUGCCUUCGAAAACGAGGAGGAGGCCCGAUUCAUCGUCGCACUGUUCAAGUACAUGAUUGGGAUCGGCUACCGUGCAGAUCAAGUGACCAUUCUCACGACCUACAACGCGCAGAAGGAGCUCCUGCUGCGGUUACUGCGCGCCGACGCCCCUGAAGACGCCAGGACGUGCCAGCGGGACUUCUGUGGGCCACCUCCGGGACGUGCGUCGCGCUUCAACGGCCUUCUCACGCGCACGACUGGGUCUGUAUGUGGUGGGCUGCCGCUCAACGCUGGAGCAGGCGCGGGAGCUGCAGCCGUUCCUGACCAAGUUAGUGGCGGUGGCGAAGGAAGGAGAUGGUGA